AUGGAAUUGUUGGAUAGUAUCGCUAGACUGCAGGAUCAUAUCAUGGAGCAACGUUCCAAAAUGGAAAGCAUGGAAGCAGAAUUGAUCGAAUCCAAGGAAAUGAACGAAUUAUUGGAAUUUCAGAUUCUAGAGAAUAAAGAAAACAUGGAGCAUGAAUUUGAGGAACGGCAAACACUGAAAGAGUUGGCAAGCAAGGAUACGAUGACUGAUUCAUGGAUCAGUGAAGAAGAUGAAUGCACGUUUCUUAGUCAAAUGCCACCUUUACCAGAUUUUGGAGAAGUUUGCAGUCGGAAAUGCGAAUUGAUCAAUCUGCGUCGAUCAGCGUCGUUGGAUAUGAAACAGAGAGAACUCGUCCAACAAAUGCUUACCUACAUCGAACAUUUAGAAGAUCAAUUGUUGCAUAUCAAAAUAGAUACAGAGCAGGGAAUAUAUCAGUUUGAAAGUGCGACAAAAACAGAGAAUGUUGAGGAAGAAGUCGAGCAGUCAUACUCAAAACAAAAGAAUAAUGAUAUGCAAAUUGAAAUAGAUGCUUUGCGUAAGCGAGAACAUGAACUCGAUUCAGAGAAGCAAAUGCUGAAUGCUGAAGUGAACCGGAUGUCAAAAGAAAUGGGCAAGUUGCGGUAUCUUUUGCAACAGAAGGACGAACAGCUGGUUCUGCAAGCCGAUAAAUGUUCUGAACAAGAAAGUAGGAUCGCUAAGCUGAAAACUCAGAUGCAGUGCCGUAUGGAGGAAAAUAAUGAGCUAUGUUGUCAGUUACAAAAGUAUACAGAAUCCUUACAUCACUGUGAGGAAAUUCUGGCAAAGAAGGAAGAAGAAAUGAAGUUGUUGGAAAAGGAGAAUGUUAGAUUACAGGUGGAGCAUAAUGCUGCUCUGGAUGAAAUAGAGCAAUUGAAGGACGAUAUAAGGCCUACAGUAAAGACAGAUUUGGAACGACGUUUUGAAGAAUAUCGCUAUCGUCUUUCUUGCGCUUUGAAAACGGCGCACGAGUACGAAGACGAAAUUUCAAAGCUGAGGAGUCAUGUGGCCAAACUGGAAUCAAAAAGCCAAGAAAGAAAUGAUACAGUGAUGGAAUUAGAGCAAAUUCGUGAGUACAGCGAACAACUUGAAGAACAGUUUACGGCCCAAGUAGGCAUCAUCGAGGCGUUGAAGCGGAAAAUUGUGCAGCAAAAAACGCUAACUGACUUUUUGUGGAGCAUGACAGAAAGUGAUGAAUUAAGCUUCGCUAAAAUAGAAGACAAACUAACCAGAUUCAAGUCAUUGCAACAGGAUGAAACAGACUGCCAGCUGACGGACGCUGUCCAGAAGCUGUUAAGGCUUGCGUCAACUAAUUGUGCUUAUAGCUACAAAACGUUACCCGCUACUCUUACCUGA